GAUUCCCAUCCCGCCUGCAUCACUUUAACGACCAGCUUCCAGCAAGUCCGCGAGCCUGACCGACGCUGCCCGACCGCAGAAUGCACGGGGGAAAAAGAGGACUGGUGGCACCACAGAAUACUUUUUUGGAGAAUAUUGUCCGUCGCUCAAGUGAGACAAGUUUCUUGUUGGGGAAUGCGCAAAUCGUGGAAUGGCCUAUAGUUUACAGUAAUGACGGAUUCUGCAAGCUGUCUGGUUACCACAGGGCAGAGGUCAUGCAGAAGAGCAGCACCUGCAGUUUCAUGUACGGCGAGCUGACAGACAAGAAGACAAUAGACAAAGUCAGACAGACCUUUGAUAACUAUGAGUCCAAUUGCUUUGAAGUGCUGCUCUAUAAGAAGAACAGAACCCCUGUGUGGCUCUACAUGCAGGUGGCCCCCAUCAGGAAUGAGAACGAUAAGGUGGUCCUGUUCCUCUGCACUUUUAAGGACAUCACUGUCUUCAAGCAGCCCAUUGAAGAUGAGACCACCAGAGGAUGGACCAAGUUUGCCAGGCUGACCAGGGCGUUAACCAAUAGCCGGAGUACGCUUCAGCAGCUCACACCUAUGAACAAGACUGAAGUCAGCCACAAGCAUUCACGACUGGCAGAGGCUCUUCAGCUGGGCUCUGACAUCCUCCCUCAAUACAAACAGGAGGCUCCUAAAACUCCACCUCACAUUAUAUUGCACUACUGCACCUUUAAGACCACUUGGGACUGGGUCAUCCUCAUCCUCACCUUCUACACGGCCAUCAUGGUGCCCUACAAUGUGUCCUUUAAGACCAAACAGAACAACCUGGUGUGGUUGGUACUGGACAGCGUGGUGGAUGUCAUCUUCCUAGUGGAUAUAGUGUUGAACUUUCAUACAACUUUUGUGGGACCUGGAGGAGAGGUCAUAUCUGACCCAAAGCUCAUACGCAUGAACUACUUGAAGACCUGGUUUGUCAUAGACCUGCUGUCUUGCCUGCCCUAUGACAUCAUCAAUGCCUUUGAAAACGUGGAUGAGGAUCCCAUUGCAGACUCUUCUGCGGUGGGCCACUUGCCAGCUGCGGCCCACUCUCCUGGCAACGUCACACGAGGGGAAGACUCGAUGUUGCCUGGUCUCAGCAGCCUGUUCAGCUCAUUGAAAGUGGUGCGUUUACUCCGUCUGGGUCGAGUGGCACGCAAACUGGACCACUAUCUGGAAUACGGUGCUGCUGUGUUAGUUUUACUGGUGUGCGUCUUUGGCCUGGUGGCACAUUGGCUCGCCUGCAUCUGGUACAGCAUUGGUGAUUACGAGGUCAUUGAUGAGGCCACCAAAAGGAUCAAGACGGAAAGCUGGCUUUAUCAGUUAGCUAUCAGCAUUGGCUCGCCAUACCGCUACAAUGCCAGCGGCUCUGGCCAGUUGGAAGGCGGUCCCAGUAAGCACACGCUCUACAUAUCAUCUCUGUAUUUCACCAUGACAAGUCUCACCACCAUUGGCUUUGGGAACAUUGCACCUACUACAGAUGGGGAGAAGAUCUUCUCGGUGGCCAUGAUGAUGGUGGGCUCUCUUCUGUACGCCACCAUCUUUGGAAACGUGACCACUAUUUUUCAGCAGAUGUACACGAACACCAAUCGCUACCAUGAGAUGCUGAACAAUGUGAGAGACUUCCUGAAGCUCUAUCAGGUGCCCAAAGGACUAAGCGAGAGAGUUAUGGACUACAUUGUGUCCACAUGGGCCAUGACCAAAGGCAUAGACACAGAGAAGGUUCUGUCCAUCUGUCCUAAGGACAUGCGUGCAGACAUCUGUGUGCAUCUCAACCGCCAGGUGUUCAACGAGCACCCUGCCUUCCGGCUGGCCAGUGACGGCUGUCUGCGCUCUUUGGCGGUGGAGUUCCAGACCACACACUGCGCUCCAGGAGAUCUCAUCUUCCACGCAGGGGAGAGCGUGGACACUCUUUGCUUUGUGGUUUCUGGAUCGCUGGAGGUCAUUCAGGAUGAUGAGGUUAUUGCCAUUUUAGGUAAGGGUGAUGUGUUUGGUGAUGUGUUCUGGAAGGAAUCCACACUGGCUCACGCCUGUGCUAACGUGAGGGCUCUGACGUACUGCGAUCUGCACGUCAUCAGGAGGGACGCGUUACUUAAAGUACUGGAGUUCUACACGGCCUUCGCCAACUCCUUCUCCCGAAACCUCAUCCUGACCUGCAACCUCCGCAAGCGGAUUGUUUUCCGCAAGAUUGUCGAUGUGAAGAAGGAGGAAGAGGAGAGGAGACACCAGAAAAAUGAGGUGACGUUGUCAAUCCCCGUGGACCAUCCUGUCCGCAAGCUCUUCCAAAAGUUCAAGCAACAGAAGGAGAUGCGCACACAAGGUUCAUCCCAGCAUGACUUGGAGAGGAACCAGUUUCAGGUGGAACACCACCUCCAUCCACUGUCCCACCAGAUUCAUCAGCAGCAAUAUCAGCCCCAGUACCAGAGCCACCACUCCCUUCAACACCAACACGUGGCCCCAAUGCAAAACGGGGCCCCUGGCUCGGGAAACGGGAACAGUGGUUCUAGCGUUGUGACCGUCUCACAGAUAACCCCAAUCCAGAGUGCCCUAUCCUACGUUCAAUCUGAGGAACCGAACAGGAGCGAAGGCCAUGAGGCUAUGGAGCUCAAGCCCAGCUUUGGCGUAGAGGACUCAAAUUGUCUAAAGGUAACAAGUCCAGUGAGACCAAGAGGAGGAAGAGGACGAGGCUGGAUGCGUUUUCAUAAUAUUGCAUCAGGAUCAUCUCCUAUGCUUCCCCUGGAACUGGAAAAGCAGCCACAGCAGCCGCAGCAAAAGGAAGAGGAAUGGGGGGAUGUAUCCCAGGCGCUAAAUGUGAUCUCCGAGGAUCGGAAGAGUGGGGAAGCAGAGGGUGGGCGGUCUAAUGAAAGAGGUCCCAGUGGAAAUGGUAACAGUAGUGAUGAGACUGAUGAGAAUAGUGCCCUACACAAGACUGAUUCUUGCGACAGCGGAAUCACAAAAAGUGACUUGCGUAUCGACCGGGUUGGCGAUUCACGGAGUCUGUACGAGAGAUGCUCGAUGGAAAGGAGCCCGAACGAACAGCCCAGCCCUGGAGUGGGUGACGUGACCCUUCGGGGGAUUCACUUUCAACCUGUUCCUGAACAGACUGUGCUUCAAAACAGUCUGUACGAGGCAAAGCAGGAACUAAAAGGUGACAUCCAGACGUUAAACAGUCGGCUAGCGGCUCUGGAGGACCAGGUGGGGGAGAUUCUGAGACUUCUCUCGGAGAAGAAGAAACCUUCCCCACUUCCUCAGAACUCGUCGCCAAAAACCACACAUCAGUGCCAGGACAUCUUUGCCGUUUCUCAGCCCGUCACUCCAGAAACGGAGGGGGACAAUGGACCCCUUUGAAUUAGGAUAAAUAUAUUUAGAUAUUAAUAUGCUGUUUUUAUCACUUCCCUUCCUCACACUCAGGAAGGAAAGGUGAAUACUGAUGAUUAGAGGAAGGAUCCUUGCUGUUGUAAAUAUAUACUUGCAUGUCCAGCUGGAAUCUGGCCUGCCAAUGAAACCUUCUCUACGGAUAGUAGUUGCUUGUACACGUACGGAGUCGGCUGCAUGCGGAGAUGAAUUUAUUCUGACCUUGCACAUGGGAUCUUCUAACCAGGUGAUAUUUCAGGGCAUUUUCUUUUUGAGCGACAGCUUGAUGCCCCAGACGUGGGAUCUUGGGUUGCUGUAAGGCAGGAUGAGGAUUGCUGGAUUCUUCAUAGUGAAAUGGGAUAGUUACUCCAAAAAUUAAAGUUCUGUCCUCAUUGACUAAUGUUGCUCCAAAUUCGUAAGACUUACUUUUUCUGUAGAGCACAAAAGAAGAUGUUUUACAAAAUGUAUUACCUGUUUUUGCCCAUACUGUGAAAGACAGUGGGAUCCAACAUAGCACUAGACCCUAUAAUAUUUUACUGUAUGGGCAAAAAACACAAAGAAACAACAUGGGGCUGAGUAAAUGAUGGCAGAACUUUCAUUUUUAGGUGAAAUGUGCCCUUUAACACAGUUUGCUCAAAUAUUACUUCCCCCUCCAGUAUGCAGUUCUCCUUUAUAAGCGUAAUGAUUGGACGUUUGCAAGAUUGUUUCCCUAGAUGAUUUCUUGGAUGUGAUUAAGGCGAUAAUCCAAUAACUAAUCUCAUUUUUGAUAUCCGAAACCCAUUUCAUUACCAACACCGUUUCAAAUUCCAUUAUCAUUAUCGCCUUUUCUGUAUUUAUUUUGAGGAACGUUUUGAGAGAUAUGAGAGAAUUGAUUCAGCCCAUUUUUUUGAAGGGCUGUUUUACAUGUUUUUGAGAGAUAUAUCUGCAUGCUGGAUGGAUUUAGCUCUGGCAUGGUAGGACUAGGGACUAAUUGUUUUUCCCUUAUCAAUUAUGCAAACAUACAAAGUGCAAGUCACAAAGGGAGGCCUGCAUUUUGGGAAAGCAUGAACACAUUCAGGUCAUUUGGAAAUUAUACAAGCAUGCACUGAAUUCUUUGCAUGACAUCAACAUUGUGUGUUACAUAUGAAAGGUCAUGGAAUCCUAUUGUUUCCCAAGAGAUACCAAUGUAUACUUCCUGCAUAUAAUUUCAUUCAUCAGAACCUUUACAUUUUAAUCCAGUACCCAAACUAAAGAAGAUUAAACCUUUUAGUUGGUCAUUUGAAAGUGCUGUGGGGAACUUUCUAAAUAUUAUGUUUUUACAGCCACAGGCAGUGACUCACUGUGUAUCAGCAUACUCAUGGGUGCUUUAGACGGUUUAUAGCGUAAUGACUAAUGCCCCUUCACCCCUUAUUUCCCAUCAGUUCUAUUGUAUGUUAUGAGACCAUUCUGGUGAUGUUCAUACCAAACACAAGGGAUGUUGAAUUGUGAAUGGGGUUCAGAAGAGAAACUAUUAAGAUUAAUACAACAACAAAUGUUGAAGUGCUGCAUAUAGGUCCUUUAACAUAAAAAUGUUCUAUCAUUAAGCAAUCCACAGUACUUCAAAGCAAUAGCCUUUAUCGUAUAUCCCUCCACUUAUUCCCUAAUUUGGUUUCGUCUUUGAUAAACACAUGCUCAUCACUGUAAGUGCUCAGAUAAUAAUAUUAGUUCACUGCUAAUUGUUUUGGUUUAAUCAUCUUUUCAGAGUUUAUGAUGUUCGUUGGGACCAAAGACAUUAGUUAUUUUGUUCUAAUUGCAUUAUAUCAGUGUCCUGCUCAAAUUCGUGGGCCUAUUAUUAGCUGUCACUAGUGGAUAGUGAUAAAAGCCUUAUUGGGUUUUCUGUUUUGCUACUUAAGCAAAAUAAACAUUACAAAGACGACAGUACUUAGAGAAAUAUGAGCAUAAUAUUUCCAAACCCUAUGAUUUCAUAUUAAAUAAAGGGAUAGUUCACUAAAAAAUUAAAAAUCUGUAUUUAUUUACUCACCAUGUCAUUCCAAACCUGUAUGAAUCUUUCUUCAACGUAAGACAAAGUAAGAAAGAUUGAUGUUGUACUGGCCAAUUUUAUGAUUUUUUUUGUUUGUUUGUUUUAUGUUAAUUUUAGUGCUGUCAAUCAAUAAAAAAAUUUUUUUAACAGAAUAAACACAUUUUUUUCUGAAAUUAAUCGAGAUUAAUUGUGAUCAAUCCCACCUAACAAGUUUUUAAAUAUACUUUUAUAUUAUAAUUUCACAAGUACACAAUAGUAUAUAAUAAUUUAAGUAUACAAUAAUUUCACAGUAUUUUUCAAAGCAAUGUAGAAAAAAAAAUUUGAGUAAAGGUGAGAAUCACUGAUACCAAUAUUACUGAUGUCUCUAGGAAAUUUUUCUUUUUUUCCUCCUUAUAUUUAACCAUUGACUACCAAUUUUAACAUUUAUUAGACUUUAAAAAACUUAAAAUUUAAGUGAACUUAAAACAGUCUUCACAUAAACCCAAUAUUUACCUGUGCUCUUCAGCGAGUAGGAAAUAAAAAACGGAAUAAAGCUGUCAAACACUAAAUACUAAAUUAAAUAUAUAUGAGUUCUUAAAGGAAAAGUUUACUUACAGAACAAAAAUUUAUAGAUAAUUUACUCAUCUCCUUGUCAUCCAAGAUGUUCGUGUCUUUCUUUCUUCAGUUGUAAAGAAAUUGUUUCUUGAGGAAAACAUUUCAGGAAUGUUCUCCAUAUACAAUAUGUUUGGACUUCUAUGGUGCCCACGAGUUUGAACUUCCCAAAUGAAGUUUAAAUGCAGCUUCAAAGAGCUCUAAACGAUCCCAGCUGAGGAAGAAGGGUCUUAUUUAGCAAAAUGAUUGGUUAUUUGCUAGGACAAUUUUAAAGUUGGAGGAGAAAAUGAGAUGAGAGUUUUUCAUCAUACCCUAACUGUACACAGAGGUUAACUGGGUAACUGGGUUACACAGAGUACCCAUGCGUAUCACAGAGCUAGACAACAUGAGCAUUUGAGGUUAAAAGUAUAUAAACAUUUUUUUUUUUUUUAGAAAAUAACAGAUCGUUUCACCUAGACCUUUGUUCCUCAGCUGGGAUCGUUUA